CACUUUUUAUUUUUUACAUUUCUUUCUCUCUAUCUCUUUCAUGGGUCCUUUUUAUUUUUCUUUCUAUCUUUCACCUCUUAAAAAAUGAGUUCUACGGGGGUAUAAUUGUCUUUUUAAGUACUAGUAGAGAGGUACAUAAGUCUUUUCAUGUACUACUUGAGGGGUACAUGUGUAAUUUCCCCACCAAACAGUAAAAGCAAAUUGCAAACAUUAAUUGGACAGCUCGACACAAGUAUUGAAUAAAUGACCAUGUUUUCUCAAUAUAUUUACAAAAAUGACAUCAAAUUAACAAAAAUUCGUUUAUCUGGCAAAUAAACUUGUAUUUGCCCUUAAAAAUUGUAUAGGGGACCGUGAAAAUAAAAGUGUAGCAACUAAUUUAUAAUUGUAUGGAGUACAUAUUUUUGAGCCUAACAUUUUAUUUCUCUCUUACAAAAAUUAACCUCAUUUUUUUUGUUAAAAAGCUUUUCAUUUUUUAAAUUUUUUUUUUCCCCUAUUAUAUAGCGUUAUCGUUAUAGAGGAGGUAAAGACUUGUGUGCCAAAUGAGGGCACGCAUAGUGAGUCUUCCAUCUUCCACUUUACAUGGAGAACAAGUGGGCCCAUCUUUUAUACAAAAGUGGAAAAAGUGGGGGAAAUGCUCACAAGAAAUAAGGCGGGUCUUUCUUUUAAACCCAAACUCACAUCCACUAUCAGUAAAACUUAAAGCAACCGUUCUCAACUGCUCUUUCCUCCUUUUCAUUACUCCUAUUUUCCCAUCAUUUCCCCUCUUUCCACCUUCACAUUCACAGGAAAUUAAGGUAAAACACUAAAAACUUUGUAAAUGAUGAACUGGGGAAGGAAGAAACCUUCUUCAGCUUCGUCGUCGUCUUCUUCCUCUCAGUCUCAUUUGAUAUCCCAUGUCUUUCCUCUUUCAUGGCUUUCGAAAUUCAAGCGAAGCGAUCACCCGGGUUCUAAGAUGCAUAAAGCUAACCAAAAAGAGAAGCAGCAGCAGCAAAGUUUACAAAGGGUGAGGAAUUCAUCAAGAGCAACACCAAAGCAUCCUAGUUAUUGCUUGGAUAGUAGGUUCUAUACUCAGGAUAAUGAUGGCUUUUGGAGGCUUUCGAUUAAUGAGGGGAGUAAGGAAGGCGGAAACGAGUUUGUGGCUCCGCAGAAUUAUUUUGGCAACUGUAAAUCAAAUGUUAAAGAAGGUACAGCAAAGAAGAGGAGCCAGAAGUCUAAAGUUGUGAAGGCUGAGAAUUUGCCGGAAAAGGGUGAUGUAAGUAAGGAAGCUGAGAAGAAUGAAAGUCUGCAAAGGACAUAUCGGAGGAUUAUGGAAGUAACAGAGGAAUUACAUAGGGAAUUGGAUGAAGUAAAUGGGUAUCGAAAGUCUGUCGAAAAGGAAUUGUCAGAUUUUGAGCUUUUACCUGUAAUGCAGAUGGUGGGAAGGGCUGAUGAAAGGCUACUUAGCAAUGAUUCAGAUAAAAACCCGAAUGCAGCUCUCAGGGACUUCGGCUGCUAUCAUCAUGAAACAACUGAUGGAAAUGAUCAGAGAUCAGAGUGGCAAAAACUGAAAGAUGCCAAAAUAAAAGAGGUGCUGAUGAAAGGUGAGAAACAGAGGAAGUCUUUUCAUGUAGGAAGGGGAAGCAAUAAGAUCAGAGUUAGCUCUCCCAAGACACCUUCCAAGAUGGAAUCUUGCAAGAUAAAAGCACUGGAAGACAUGAAAAAAGCCAAAACAAAAAAGAAGAUAAAGGAAUUGCAACUGGAUAAUAGAGUAGCAGAAUUAGGAAGUUUUGCUGUAGUCAAAACUUCGCGCAAUCCACAACAGGAUUUCAGAGAUUCAAUGCUUGAGAUGAUUAUGGAGAAAAGAAUCAGAAGGGCAGAGGAACUUGAAGAGUUGUUGGCUUGUUAUCUUACUUUGAACGCCGAUGAGUACCAUGAUCUCAUCAUUAAGGUCUUUCGACAAGUAUGGCGUGAGCUGGAAGAAGCCUAGUCUAACCAAAGAUUACCAAAGAAACAUUAGUUCAAUGUUUAACUGUUUUUUGUUUCUAAAAGAAAAGGCAGCUACUCUUAAUCCUAACUGUAUGUAAAUAGUUUUCUGUAUCUAUGCUUUAACCUUUAAUUGUAGUCAGGAUGUUUCCUCAGACUAACUUGAAGAUGAAAAUUGCGUAGAUUUCUAAAGCAUAUGAACUCGUAUGAUCUAUGUGUUUUAUAUUAUACCAUGUAAUCUACUAGAAAGAUCAUAUACAAUAGCCCCAUUAUCAUCAAUACAUUACCAGAUUACCUUAUCAGCAACAAGAUGGAUUCUCUGGGAAAAUUUAUGAUCCAAUAGAGCAGAGCACCUGCAUCAAUAAUUCAGCAUUUCUUCUGCUGUUUUACAGGGAAUCUAGAUUUUUCUUUGGUGUGGUUACAAGUUUAUGACUAGCGUUUCAGAAUAAUUUCCUGUCAGACUGAUUUGGUAAUGACAUCAGAACAUUUUAACGCGGCACCUCAUUUAGAAAGCUUACUCUUUAGCCAUACAUUCUUUAACAUCCAAUUACAGCAAUAGGUUCAGAUACUACUAAAUAAGUAGAAUUCUCAGUCCAGAAAUUUUCUUUUUUGAUAAUAAUUGAAGAGCUGAUGUAAAGUCCCACUACUACUACUACUACUACUGCUGCUGCUGCUGCUGCUGCUGCUGCUCCUGCUGCUCCUCCUCCUCCUGCUGCUGCUGCUGCUGCUGCUGCUGCUGCUGCUGCUGCUGCUGCUGCUGCUACUGCUGCUACUACACUACUACUACUACACUACUACUACUACUACUACUAAGCCUAUGCAAUAAGUUCUAUACACGUUUUUACUAAAGUCGGCUAAGAUGCAGGGUUUUUCAGUCUUCAGUUCCCAUCUUCAGAUAACACAUAAGCUAGCAAACUGAGAUUUGAGGAAA